AUGCCUUCGUCGACACUAGUUUUUAAUACAUCCAUCUUGCCAACAGAUGCACUUUCUUUUUAUGAUGAUAAUUUUUAUCAACUGGUUGAGAAAAUAGCAGGACCAGGUGAAGCAAAAUUAUUAGAAGUUCAAGGUAUUCGAAGUGUAUAUUCUUUUUUCAACAUCGAAAACGUAUUCAACAUUCUUUCUUUCUCUUGUUCUGCUAUACAAGAGAUGAGAAAAUUAAUUUGUCUUGAAGAUGAUGAUAAAAAUUACAUGGUGAAGCCAGGUUGUCGUACCAACGUUCGAUAUUUGUAUCAACUUCUUCACCAAAAACAUGAAGAGCAUUUGAAGGGAAUUACACCAAAAUCCAAAAGAAAUAAACAAUCACAAUCACAUCAAAGCAAUUCUACAGUUAUGAAUCUUUCACAAGAUCCAUCGCAAGAUACUUCAAUAUCAUCUGAUCAUCAACAAAGUUCAACAACACUUAGUAAGCUUUUUUACAAAUUUUUCGUUUAG